AUGGCGACCCAAAUACCAGUCGAUCCGACCCUGACCUCGGCCAACACACUCAAGCUUGAAAAUACACACAACCGAGACGUCUUGAUUGCGAUCGAGAAGAAAUACCAAAAGAAAUGGCAGGACAGCAAAAUCUUCGAGUCGGAUGCGCCGACCACGGCCGAGAUCCCCUUCGACUCAGUCCCCGCCGCCGAGAUUCGAGAAAAGCACCCCAAGUACUUUGGCACCUUUGCCUACCCAUACAUGAACGGCUCUUUGCAUGCAGGGCACAGCUUUACGGUGAGCAAAGUCGAGUUCACGGCGGGCUUCAAUCGCUUGACGGGCAAGCGCGUGCUGUUUCCGUUGGGGUUCCAUUGCACGGGCAUGCCGAUCAAAGCAUGCGCAGACAAGCUCGUCGAAGAUGUCAAGAAGUUUGGACAGAAUUUCGAGAACUACCAUGAAGAGGAGGAUGCGGCUGCACCAGAUACCAACGGUGCCCCCGUCGCGCCCACGCAGGGGGUCAACGUGAAGGACGACCUCACCAAAUUCAAGAGCAAGAAGGGCAAGCAGGCCGCGAAGACUGUCAAGGCCAACUACCAGUUCCAGACAAUGCUGGCCAUGGGGAUACCGAAGGAGGAGAUCCACAAGUUCGCCGACGCCAACUACUGGCUUGAAUACUUCCCGCCGAUAUGUCAACAAGAUCUGAUCGAUUUUGGGGCCCGGAUAGACUGGAGGCGGAAGUUUGUCACCACCGACGCAAAUCCCUACUACGACGCCUUUGUGCGGUGGCAGAUGAACCGCUUGCACGAGCUCAACAAGAUCCUGUACGGCAAGAGAUACACGAUCUACAGUCCCAAGGACGGCCAGCCGUGCAUGGACCACGACCGGACCAAGGGCGAAGGUGUCGGUCCCACGGAGUACACUGCGCUGAAGUUGAAGGUCAAGGAGUGGUCGCCUGACGCGGCAAAGGCGGUGGACUCCAAAAUCCCCCAGGAUGCCAGUGUCUACUUUGUCCCUGCGACCUUGAGACCGGAGACGAUGUACGGCCAGGUAUGCUGUUUCGUUGGACCGAAGAUCAAUUACGGCAUCUUCAAGGUAUCAGAAAAGGAGUAUUAUGUGGUCACCAAGAGAGCGGCGUGGAAUAUGGCGUUUCAGGGCACUUUCUUUGACCAGGAGCAUUUCCCCCGGAACCAAAACGAGCUGCAGCCUGUCGUGGAGCUACCUGGGUCCGCCUUCGUGGGCACCCUGGUGAAUGCGCCUCUAUCGGUGCACAAAGAGGGAGUCAGGAUAUUGCCUAUGGAGACGGUGUCUGCCACGAAGGGCACGGGCGUUGUCACCUCAGUUCCGUCCGACAGCCCAGACGACUUCGCCACGGUCCGAGAAUUGGCGAAGAAAGCAGAGUUCUACGGCAUCCAAAAAGAAUGGGCUGAACUGGAGAUCAUUCCGAUCAUCGACACCCCGGCUUAUGGCAACCUGGCGGCGAAGUACCUGGUCGAGACCAAAAAGAUCCAGUCGCCCAAGGACACCACCCUCUUGGCUGAGGCAAAGGACCUGGCGUACAAGGAAGGCUUCUACAACGGAACCCUGUUGGUCGGAGAAUUCAAGGGAGAGAAGGUGACCGAGGCCAAGGAAAAGGUCCGAAAUUCCUUGAUCGCGUCGGGCGAAGCAUUCCCUUUUGCCGAUCCUUCAGCCGAAGUCAUCAGCCGCAGUGGAGAUGAAUGUGUGGUCGCCUACGUUCCACAGUGGUUCCUAAAUUAUGGCGAGAACGACAAAGAGUGGCAGCAAACGGUGUUGGACUAUGUCAAGGACAAGAACGGCCUGGAGACCUACUCCCAGGAAACCGAAAACCAGUUCGUCGCAAACCUCGAGUGGCUGAACCAAUGGGCAUGUGCCAGGACGUAUGGCCUGGGGUCGAAACUCCCCUGGGAUCCCGCCUUCUUGGUGGAAAGUCUGAGCGACAGCACCAUUUACAUGUCAUACUACACGAUCGCCCACUUCUUGCACGGCGACAAAUUCGGCGAGACACCCGGACUGUUGGACAUCAAGGCAAAACAAAUGACGGAUGAUGUGUGGGACUACGUCUUCACGCGGACCAACGACGUCAACAAGGUCUCCGAGUCGACCAAGAUAUCGGUUGCAGACCUGCAAACCAUGCGGCGGUCAUUCGAAUAUUGGUACCCGCUUGACUUGAGAUCGUCUGGAAAGGACCUGAUCCCCAACCAUCUCACCUUCUUCCUCUACAUACAUCUCGCCCUCUUCCCUCGCGAAUAUUGGCCGAGAUCUGUCCGCUCCAACGGCCAUCUCCUGCUCAACGGGGAGAAGAUGAGCAAAUCGACUGGAAACUUUUUGACCUUGAGCCAGGCGGUGAAGAAGUUUGGUGCCGACGCCACACGGAUAGCCCUUGCUGACGCGGGUGACGGCAUGGAAGACGCGAAUUUCGAGGAGAAGGGCGCCAAUGCCGCAAUCAUGCGGAUGUACAUUCUCAAGGAUUGGAUCGAAGAGACUCUGAAAGACGAAGGACUCCGCAAGACGCAGGGGGAGAUCAUCUGGGACAAACUUUUCGAGGAUGAAAUGAAUCUCCUGGUGCACGAAGCAUACAAGCACUACUCCGAAACAAACUACAAACUCGCCCUCAAAGCCGCGCUCUACGACUUCCAGUCGGCGCGUGACUUCUACCGCGAAGCCUGUGUCUCGAGUGGCAUCCCUCUGUCGAGGCCCCUCGUCCUCCGCUACGUCGAAUUGCAAUGCCUCUUGAUCUGCACCAUUGCCCCUCACUGGGCGGAGUACAUUUGGCUCGAGGUCCUGCACAAAGACCAAUCCAUCCAACUUGCGCGGUGGCCGAGCGACGUCCCUGCAGCAGACCCCUCGUUGACCGCCGCACGAGAGUACGUGAAGACGACGUCCAGCAACAUCACAAGCGCCGAAGCACAGGCGGCCAAGAAGAUGGCCAAGGGCAAGGCGGUGGCAUUCGACCCCCGCAAGCCGAAGCAGAUCACCAUCUUCGUGGCGUCGCGGUUCCCAGCAUGGCAGGACAAGUACGUCGACCUGGUGCGGUCCAUGUUCGAGAAGGCGAGCCUGGACGACGACAAGGCGAUCAACGCGUCGGUGGCGAAGAUGGGCAAGGGCCCGGAGAUGAAGAAGGCGAUGCCGUUCGUGCAGACGCUCAAGCGACGCCUCGUGGUGAACAAGGAGAGCCCCGCGGCCGUGUUCGAGCGCAAACUGCCCUUUGACGAGGUGCAGAUUGUGACGGAGAUGCGCCGGGGCCUGAUGCGCAACACCGGCUGCAAGGACGUCAAGGUGGUCACCGUCACCGACGAGAACCGGCAGUCCCUUCCAUCCAUGGCCGAGGCCGCCGUGCCGGGCCAGCCUAGUUUCGCGUUCGAGAACGUUGAGGCAUGA